UUGUAAUUGUGUUACAAGUGAAACAGUGUAUCAUCAUUAAAUAUUAUAAGAUGCGAAACAUAAAAUAGGUUUCUUCUUACUAGAAUAAUUUUUGAAAUAUGAUUGAUGACAUUAAAAUGUAUAUCAACGUGUCAAAGCAUGCAUUUAUUUUUGGCGUGGCAUAUGUUUUAGAAAUCGAUAGCACUUUGUGCUAUAUGAUUCACAUUUCACAGUCUGAAUUUUUCUUAUUCAUACGUAUACAACAUAUGUCCAGAUGUUAACCUAAUUUUUCUAGUUGUGAUAAAACUGAUAACGUAAUAUUGUCGUGUGAUAUCAACGGUGAGACAACACACAUAUAUUGAACAGAUAAACGAACUUCAUAUGGUUAGCUUAGGCUAAAUAGAGAACUAGUUUAAAAAAAAAAAAAAAAAGCUCCCCUUCAAACCUUGCGAUUUAUGUGGAUGAUGAUCUAAAGAUUCUUCUCUACCGGCCAGCUUGGAAAGAAAUGCUUAAAUUCGGAUUAGCUUUCGUUAUUAUUUUAAGUUUUUUCAUAAUGGCCUACAUGUCACAAGAAUGUUGUGAAACAAGCAUCCUUUCAAAUCUCUAUAACAUUAUCAAAGCAAGGGAGGAAAGUCCGUCGUCAAGACCUGACCAAAAACAAGAAAUGUGUUUCGAAUCAGAAAGUUAUUUCAAGCUUAGAAACCAAGUGGCUGCCGAAGAUCGAAUAUCACUUUCUAAGAGUCAAAGUCUGGAGACAUGCACAUUUCUAAACGAGGCAUCAUGUGUCAAGCUAAUAGCCAACCCAGAACGUCAUCUAAGUCAAAACGAUCUCAUCAAGUCAGACAUUUCUUUCUUCUCUUUGAUAAUAGCCAUUUUAUUCUUAAGAUUGGUGUCAGCAUCAACGAAGUGUUUCGAUAAAAAAAGUUAUUGGCAUUCAGUUAGUACUUUCAUUGACAUUUUAUCCUUUCGUAAAUUUCUUGAUAAAACAAGUGAUAAAGUAACAUCAUGCAAUAAUAAAUGGAUGUCAUACGCUGGAAAGACAUUUCAGACCACUGACGUCAUCGUGUUUCCGUUACAAAUCGGAUAUUCCCGCAGGUUAGCGUCGUUUAGUUCUCUACGUCAUAGCAGCGAACUCAGCGAUACAGUUUCUUUCCUUGCACUGUCUAACGCUGGGUUUUAUUUUUCGCAUGAUGACCAAGAAAUUAAGUGCGAGGAAUGUAAUAAAGUUUUAAAAACUGAAGCACUGGAUGACAGCGGCGACCCAUCGGAUGAUACGUUUCACUACGAAGAUUGCAGCUUUGUGCAUACGUCUAGAUCCAGCGAGGUACAAACAAAUACCACUAGCCAACCGAACAGCGAAUUAGCUAUUGACGGAAGACUAGAUAGUGAAGUCUCUAGCAAUAAUGAUCUCGUUGUAAAAUCAGACAUACUGUCAAAUGCCAACGUUAAUCCUGCAAAUAACUCAGCCUCGCAGUAUGAACUUUGCUUAGACGAGGACAGCUCGCUGAUUAGGAGCGCUGCCCCACUCGGACAAGAAAGCGAUGUUUCAUCUUCACUAAGUCACCGAUCUGGAGAUACUCAGACACCUGAGUUUUGUCAGGAUUCUAUAGAAUCGAAAUAUGACUCGGCUUCUUGUGAUUCGGGAUAUACCUCUGACCAAGAUCUAGUUUUUGUCGGCGCUGAAAAUAUUGUUUUCGAGUCUCAAGUUAAAACUUCUGUCUUCAGAGGUCCUGGAGAUUGUCACAAAAAUCCUGGCCACUAUGCGUACUUCCCAAUCCAUCGAUUGAAAUUAGAACAGUUGCCAUCUAAGACCAGGUGCCCUGAAGUCCUGGAAUUCCUAAAGCAAAUUAGCAAGUUAACAGUUCGGCUAAGUGUUAAUUGUACUAGCACCCGCCGUCAUAAGAAAGACCCUCUAUUCGGAUCAACUGUCUCCAGAGUCGGAACUGGAUUCAUAUCUUUAAACAAAAGGGACAACGAAAUUGGGCAGAUUAAAAACACGGAUCAGCGAAAGUGGAAGCCCUUUAAAGCGUAUAUGAAACAAUUACUUAAGAAAGAUAAAGAGAUUAUUUUGAUUGAGACCAGCAGGCACUUGGUCUACGACAUAGAUGAAGCUGUCAAUACUGUUGUCGAGUUCCUUUCAGAUGAUGAAAACAAAAAAGUCCUUAAGUCGCUUAAAGUCGUGUUUGUGGAAACAUCAGAUGUAAUCGGGGACCAAAAAUGUACUCUAGUUUGCCAGACGUCUGACCAGACUUUCGUGCGACAGAUUCAGCAGAUUAAGCAGAAUGUACUGGAACUUGCCAAUAAACUUCCUCAAAGAUGUAAACAAGCGAUGACCAAGAAGCUCUUCAUAGUAGAAUAUCCCCAUGGUGGAGAGAAAGUCUUGUCUUACGGCGACUCAGUGCAAGUUAAAUAUCAACUUUUAAAACAUCCACAGAGAAGAUCGCUCUCCUUUGAGAAAGUUAACAACAAAGAUCUAGCUACCAUAGAUAUAGUCAGUCUACGCAAGAUGCUGCUGUAUGCUGCAGACACGUGUGAGGGCUCCUCUGGAUCGCCUGUUAUCACGUUUGUGAAGAAUGCAACUGAUGGUCGCUAUGACCUGGACAUAUGGGUGCACAACGGACAAAACAAAGUCCAUGGCUUGGGCUGCUCCGUCAUGAAAGAAUGUACAAGACUGGAUGUUGAAAUGAACCCUAGCCAAGCAGAAGCCAACGAAUCUGACAGUGAAGAUGAGAAUAGCCCAGGUAACCAAAGGGUCCAGUCACCUGUCUUUAAGGUACUUCAGAACCCAUCCUAUCCAGUCUUUGUCACCUACCAGAAGCGCUUAGAGACUUUUUCGAACUGGAGCUACUGUGAGAUCUUUGAACCAGAGUUACUUGCUACUGCAGGAUUUUUUUAUGCAGGCUAUCAGGACUGUGUACGUUGCUUUCAAUGUGGUUUAGGCCUUAGGUCGUGGAGGGCUGGAGACGAUCUGUAUGCUCAGCAUGACAAGUACAAGCCAUCAUGUCCAUUUCUACAAGCUCAGUUCAAACUAAACCCUUCCAAGCAGGUGUGUCAGCAAGUAGAUGGUUAUCAAAAAUCUCAAUCUCAAGUAUCUUGUGAAAAUAAAAGUCAAGAUUUAAACUGUGACGUGAGACAAGAGGCUGCAGAUCAAACGUCAUGUACUUCACAUGAUUAUGAUCCCAGCAGAUCGACUGAUAAUCAGAAACCAAUGGAGUCUAAAGAGACUGGCUUGAAACUGCUGGAGAAGGAGAACGAGAUACUCCGUGUUCAGCUGAUGUGUAAGGUCUGUCGCACGGCGCCUGUGAAAGAUUUGUUCCUUCCCUGUGGUGAGCUCAGCACUUGUUCUGACUGCUCAAAGCUGCUCACUCAUUGUCCAUCGUGCAAUAAACAGAUACUGGCCACUGUGACGGUGUAUUUUAGUUAGAAUGAGGAAUGCAAAAAAGAUGAUUUCACAGUGUUUAGAAAAAGAUGUCUUACAAAGAUGUAAAGAUACCAAGAACACAUUAAAACUAUACUUAUUCUUCACUUCAGUAAGACUUUAUCCUUGAUCAUGUCUAUGUCCUUUAUUUCCGCACUCUGGGCGCACGUUCCAUUCUCUCUUUCAUUGUCUUCUGUCUCAUUUCUGCACUUGACCAAAUAACAACUCCACCAGUUGUGUCUGUAAACUGCCUGUCCCAAGUCAGGAGAAAGGAGGAGGGUUUAGUUUGGGACUAGCAAACCCAACUUGUAAAAAAACAAAGAUACUUCAAGGAGACUUUAAAUCUUUUCCUCAUUCUUUUCGACAACUUUCUUCUUUCAGCCUAAACAUCUAAACAAUGUUCAUGUGUUUUAUCUUGACCGUCAUUUUGUUUAAGUAUGAUGGUCCAUACUAGUGUAAUAUAUAUAUAAAUAAAAUGUAAUAUUAAACACUUUAAGUAUAAUUUCACUUUGAAGCAUGAAUGUAUUAGUAACUAGCUACACAACUUAGAUGUUGAAAAAAGCUACAAGCCGAAUAUUUUAACGAAUUAUAUUGAAUUUACUAUUUACUAUAACUAUAAAUACAAAAGAAGUACAACCCUUGUAGAUUGUAGAUUUAUCUUUAAGAGGCAACAACAUUUGGAUGUCUGCCUGGUCGUGGGGUAUGCGCCAUGGACUGUCGUUCCGUGGUCUAGAUGCUCCCGUGGUUCUAAACCCUGGCCGCUGACAUCCCCCUUCGUCCUGCAGGUUUGGGCUAGGGUGCCAUUGUCUUCAAACCUGAAGGCACACCUGAAACAUGUCAAACAAACUUUUGACGAUGUAUUUACCACACGUAAUAAAGAUUAUCAAUAUCUUAUCUUAUCUUAUAUAAUACAGACGUUACUUCAAAAAAGAAGAUGAUUACGUCCUACGCAUCAUGCAUUUAGUCAUGCAUAUUAACCAAUGACUUAAAUUCUGCCAAGUCACUGGUUUUCCUGGCUAGCUCAGGCAACCCAUUCCAUGCUCUAAUAGCACUAGGGAAGAAGGAGUAUUUGUACAAAUUUGUCCUAGCAUAUGGGACGAGGAAUGUGCCUUUAUCUUUGUGUCUUUCAGAGUAUUUUAUUAAAUUUUGUUUUUGUAUUUGAAGAUUAUGGUUCAGUGUUUUAUGUAUUAUUGCUACUUUACUUUUGAGCCUUCUCAAUAUUUGUGUAUGUGCACAAGAAUAUACAAAAUGCAUAAUAAAAAAACUUAAAUCUAGGUUUAAGUAUAACUUAAGUUUUUGACUACAUUAGUCAAAUAUGCCCUGUUAAUCGGGUCACGUAUGGGCGUGAUAAUGGCGUUGUCCUAAUAGAGGCUGAUUUUAAUACGCAAACAUUUUCUAUUUUACAAAAAUGUUUCGAUUCAUUAUGACUCAGUCCGAAUAAACGGCUGGUCCGAUUAACCGUUUGUCUGAUUAACGGGAUUUUACUAUAUGUAUAUUGUUUUACAAUUUCAUUUUCAAUACAUGCUAUGGUCGCCUUUUGAAGACAAUAUUAUUUUGUUUUUGUCUAGAAAUAUAUAAACUAUAUCGUAAGAUAAGUUAGACACAUGUGUACAUAGUGGGACGUCUGCUUUUCAUAUGACACUAUAUAUAGAUCUGAGGGACUAAUCUGUAAUAUUGUAUAUUAAUUUGAUGUAUUUUUUAUAUCAUAAAUAAAAUACUUAUAUUAUUUUUUGAAUUUUAUAAACUUAAUACUUAUGUUAUGCGUAGGACGUAAUCAUCUUUUUUGAAGUCAAGUCUUUAUCAUAUAUGAUAAGAUAAGAUGUCUUUAAUAUUUUAAUAUAAUAUGUUUGUUAUUUGUUUAAUGCCAUAAGCUGUAUAAUAUUGUAAUAACUUAAGGGAGGCAAACUCAACGAGACACAUAUAUCUUUAUUUACACGACAUCACAAGUUCAUAAAACAUCAUCUCUCUUAGGCACAGUCUUUUCACUUCGGCUCUCAACUUGGACGGAAAUCGUUCUCCUCUUCCUAAUGUUGACAUCCUUCUAGGUCUAGUCUAUCACAGUGCGCACCUUCUAGCACUAGCCUGGAUGGCGGUGCGCACGGCAGAGUUAUAACAAUAUGCUAUUUUAUUUAAAAUUUUGAACAAACAUAAAUAAUAUAAAUGUACUUUUGGCAGCCUUUUUUAAAGUCGGUCUACAAUUAUAUAUUAUUCUUGUUAAUUUUUACCUCACAUUUUUCACUGUCAUUAAUAAAUGUAAAAAUAAAUGUAUGAAAUUUAAAAAAAUAAAUAACUCAUACGAUG